AUGGAUGAUGCCCAGAUGGCUGAUUUCGGGGCAGCAGCCCAGUACCUCCGCAAGUCAGAGAAGGAGCGUCUGGAGGCCCAGACCCGGCCCUUCGACAUCCGCACUGAGUGCUUUGUGCCAGACGACAAGGAGGAGUUCGUCAAGGCCAAGAUCUUGUCCCGGGAGGGUGGCAAGGUCACUGCUGAAACCGAGAAUGGCAAGACGGUGACAGUGAAGGAGGACCAGGUGUUGCAGCAGAACCCACCCAAGUUCGACAAGAUUGAGGACAUGGCCAUGCUGACCUUCCUGCACGAGCCCGCUGUGCUCUUCAACCUCAAGGAGC